UGACGAUUUGGAAUAUGGGACUUUUAAUCUCUGAAUUGGACCAUGGUAACAGGCAGCUAUGUUUUUGUGCUCAGCUCUGGGUAAUUUUGAUAACUCUUGCAGGUAAAAUCUCUCCAACCAGCUCCGAUGCUCUCAGCUCCUCAGCAAUGACUGCCAGUCCUUCCCCACCCAGUGUGUAUCUUCCUGCCAACUUCAAAAUGUCCAAUGCACAACUGGCCUUCUUUUUGAGGGAGGCUCAGAUCACAGGACAAACAUUUGGCGGCAGCACCAAGAGCAGCAGCGGCCCCAGCACUGGAAAUCCAUUGCAGCGCUCUGAGAGUUUUGUGGUUUUCCAGACAAAAGACCUUCCCGCCAUCAACAUAAGCUUCGGGCCUUUCGCCCAGGACCAGGCCCUGUCCAAGGAGUUGCUUCAGCCAGCUAGCCCUCUGGAUAUUCCUGGCCAGCUGACAGUCAACUGGAAGGUGCGGGCCUUCAUUGUCCAACCACGGGUCUUCUCCAACAACCCCACUGUCCAGGUGUUUUUCUAUAUUGCUGGUCGUGACUGGGAUGACUUCAAGGCUCAGGACAAGCUACCAUGCGUCCGUCUGCAUGCCUUCCGGGAUGUCCGUGAAAUUAAAACGUCCUGCCGCAUGAAAGGCAACCUGGCGCAGUGCUUGGCCCAACUGGAGCUUCCCCCGUCAUGGUUUAACACCAAUGUAGCACCGCUAGGCCGAAGGAAAGGCUCAAGUGACGGGCUCUUGGAUGGGUUAAGUGAAACCCUCCAGGCUGAGCUAUACUACACACUACAUGAGCCUAACCUGGAAGGGGAGUGCAGUAAGGGCUCAGGUCAUGGUGGUGGUGUUUCCAGGGGAGAACCUCUGUCACAGCACCCCCUGCUGCGCAUCGGAAGCAUCAGCCUGUACCAGGCCAGUGAGGAGCAGCUGCUGGUGGACAAGCAGCUAGACAAAAACAUGUUCCUCAGACUGCCUGAGAAGCCCCUGAAGCCUGGAGAGAUCCUCAAAAUCUUCCUGUACUUGAUGCCCAACUCUACUAUUGAACAGUUCACCCUCAAGGUCAAAGCUAAAAAGGGGGUGAACCUGCUCCAAACCAACUCCAAGAACACCCAGUGGAAGGUUGAAUGGGAGGUGCAGUCUGGCGCCAAGCAUUCCAUCACCACCAUCGAUGUGAACAAGAACAAAGCAGUCAAGCAGGGAGAUGCUGUGGGCAAUGUUGAGGUGAUGCAGUUGGAUUUCGAGAUGGAGAACUUCACCAGCCUCUCUGUAACCAGAAGGAUCAACUGGAACAUCGACUAUAAGGGGCAGAACCCGCCACCUGAUUCAGAGAAGGUUGUGACGGAACUGACGGUAGUGCAGCGGGAUAUACAGGCCAUUAUCCCUCUGGCAAUGGACACCGAGAUUAUCAACACAGCCAUUCUAACCGGACGUACUGUGGCCAUUCCUGUCAAAAUGGUCUCGAUUGAGAUGAACGGGGCAGUCACUGACGUCUCAGCUUUUGUACAGUGCAAGUCCUCAAAUGAAGACGUUGUUAAGGUGUCCAUGAAUUGCGACUACGUGUUCGUCAAUGGGAAGGAGACGCGGGGCUCCAUGAAUGCCAGGGUCAUCUUCAGUUACGAGCACCUGAGCGCACCGCUGGAGCUGACCGUCUGGGUUCCCAAACUUCCCCUGCAGGUGGAACUUUCUGACAACAACCUGAGCUUCAUCAAAGGUUGGAGGGUUCCCAUUCUGCCUGACCGAAGGAGUACUAGAGACAGCGAUGCAGAUGACGAAGACGAUGAUCGCCGGGUGAGUCGAGGCUGCACCUUGCAGUACCAGCGGGCCCUGGUAAAGGUCCUGACGCAGUUCCACACCACCUCCACAGAGGGCACUGACCAGGUUAUCACUAUGCUGGGACCCGACUGGCAGGUGGACGUCACAGACCUGGUGCAGGACUCUCUGAAGGUGGCUGAUCCCAGGAUUGCAGAGUUGGUGGACAGGACUGUCCUGGUGGGCCUGGAGCUGGGAUCCACUGUGCUGAAGGUGGAGUCUCCUCUGGCAGUGGAUGCAGUAUUAGGAGAUGCACCAUUCUCGGUUACAGAUGACAAGGUUUCCAUCACAGAGCUGCGUGUUCACGCCAUUUCGGGCCUGACCCUGUCACUGCAGCCCAGCCCCGGCAACAGCCACACCAUGGUGGCCAAGGCAACUGGAAUCCAGACACUCACUGCUCCCAAACAGGAGGCCAGUUUGUCUGUCUGGAUGCUUUUUAGUGACAACACAGCGGGCACUCUGACUUAUUUUGAUACCAAGGACUACAACCUCAAUGCCUCCACACUGGAUGACAAAGUUGUGUCAGUAUCGCAGGAGCCUCAGCAACGCUGGCCUGUGGUUGUGGCAGAAGGAGAAGGGUCUGGCGAGAUGGUGCGCGUAGAGAUGACCAUCUGUGAGGCCUGCCAGAAGACCAAACGCAAAAGCGUCAUUGCAUCUGCUGCAGUUUAUGUCAAGGUCCGCUUUGGCCCAGAGGAGGACUCUGAGGAAGAGGCGACUACAGAGGGUGAGAUUGAGCUGGCACCAAUCACCAGGCGUCCAAUCAUUGAUCCGAACGUUAGUGGACGAAUUUACGAGACAUCUAAUGAACAGCCUGCCAGUGUUCCCAUUGAUUACACCAAUUUACCUACUAUGAGUAUCCAAGAGCGACCAACUGAGGUUGAUGAAGAGGAGGAGGAUGACUUUGUGCAUUCACCUCGCAACAUGACUGACCUCGAGAUUGGCAUGUAUGCUCUGCUGGGAGUCUUCUGCCUUGCCAUUUUAGUCUUUCUCAUCAACUGCAUCGUCUUUGUGCUUAAAUACCGCCAUAAGCGGAUCCCACCUGAGGGUCAGGCCAACAUGGAUCAUUCCCACCACUGGGUGUUCCUGGGAAAUGGCCAGCCACUGAGGGCCCAGUGUGAUCUGUCACCACAGCAGGUGGAAAGUCCCACUAACCCUUUGGAGAGCGUACAGACUUGCUGCCAUGGGGACCACCAUAGCAGUGGCAGUUCCCAGACUAGCGUUCAAAGCCAGGUACAUGGAAGGGGCGAUGGCAGCUCUGGGGGCUCUACAAAGGAGAAUGGCGAGGAUGCCAGUUCACCCACCUCAAAGCGCAAGCGAGUCAAAUUUACCACUUUUACCACCCUUCCCACGGAGGAGCUGCCCUAUAACUCCAUCCCCAUAGCAGAUGAAGAGGACAUUCAGUGGGUUUGCCAGGAUAUGGGCUUUCAAGACCCAGAGGAACUGCAUGAUUACAUGCGCAGAAUAAAAGAAAUAGCCUGAGAUAAGAGGUGCAGCUUCAAGCCCCACUCUCGGCUUUCUAAAAAGAACGUUCCUUUCUAUUUUUGCUCUUUUACACCCAAGUGAAAGAUAAUUUUUCACAGACUAAAAGGCCAACUGUUGUUUUGGUUAGUUCCUUUUAGUUUGCACAGUGCUGUAAUCUCAUACACGCUCACACAGAGGAGAAUGCGGGGAAGCCAAAGACCUGACCAGAGGAUCUCAAUUGCUAGAGAAAUCUGUAAAUCUUGGCUAUAGCAAACAUGUUUCUUUGGGAAGCCGAGCCAUGGGCAGAUGAGAGAGCUGCUCCAGCUCUCUUAUUUUCAGGAUCUGAUUUCAAUGAAAGCCUGAUGUGGACAGGUGUGUAGUGGAGGUAUGGUACUGGUUGUGCUUUGGUGGCUCAGUGGGACUUUGCAGUACUGUACCUAUUCCAAACAAAGAGGCCUUUGAUGAACAAAUAACUGUCAAAGACUCUCAUGAAAGCUAUGUUAAAAAAAAUCUUCUUUUUCUUUCUUUUCUUUUCUUUUCUUUUCUUUUUUUUUUUUUUUUUUUUGCCAAAGUAGGAAAAGCAUUCUUUUAAUGGCAAAACGUUCUUCAUUGUUGUUCUUGGUGCAGCACACUCAUGAUUUGUACUCAUGUUCAUUCCUUAGAUUUUUCUACAUUUCAUAGGUAGUCAAAAGCAGUGCCCUACUACUAGUCCUCAUGGUCCUGAACAAAUCUAAUGCCUUAUUAAAAAAAAAAAAAAAGGUCACAGUUCACUUCGUAUAUCAGUGCGGACACCCUGUUUUCUCACUAUGGCUAGAGACAGCGUAGUAAGAGCUACUAUGUAAAAUACUACGACUGUUCUCGAGCAUGAGGUAUAAAUACAAAGAGCUUGUGCAUUGUGAGGAUCUCGAACAGUCUUUGCAUGGAAGGGGAUCUUGAGGCACAAUCAGCAACUUUUUCCAAAUUUGUAAAUGUUUAUAUUGUAAUUAUAUAAUCAUUCAUACACAUUACUAAAAUGAAUAUGUUAUCAUGCAUUACACGCAUGCCAUGCCAGGCCUACAUACACGCAGACAUUCCUCUCUCGUAUAUGUAUAUAUUGCAUCGAGCUAGAGCCAGUUCAGGCUCAAACAUUCAACAAGCUGCUUACUCCAAGGUAGACGAGUGGAAGCUGGUUGAAGUCUUGAAAAUUUUAUAGUCUUGUGGUGGGCUGAAGGUCCCCCUCAGUAAUGUCACAACAGAACUGUGGAUUUUUAAUAAAAUGGUAUCAAAUUUUGACUGUUGAACGUGGGGAUUUGCUAUGCAUCAGACUUGUAAUAGAUUCUAAUCUUUUGAUGGUUUACUUCCCCUUCCCCGAGUUUGGCUUGCCUCCAGCCUUUUGGGGGGGAAAAAAAAAAAAAACUUCUAAUGUACUCGUUGGAAACAUUCUCACUGAGCACAAGAUCCUCUAAACUCUGCAGGAAAUGCCAUCCAUCCUUAAAGAAGGUUACAGAAUAAAUUAUUGAUUUUCUUCCAUCAUUUAAAUCAUGGCCAUCUCGUGCUGUCACACUGCUUUCAAACACACCUUCUUCUGUAUGUGGGCCCUAUUUUGAAUAUCUAUUCCAGUAAACUUUGUGUGUCGAGGUCACAAAUUUAACUUCAAAUAUGAACAGUGCCAGGGACUAGUAGCUUUUGCGGGGAAAAUAAUAAAUGUGCUUCUGUUACUCCAGCUGUGAGGAUGAUAUGGGUGCGGGUGUGAGAUCAUGUAAAUGUACCUCAGGCUUUACUGACAAAUCAAAGUGGUUGAAAUCAACACAGCUUAAGUGUUGUUGUGCAGAAGUGUUAAUUGCUGUCUCUUAAAUGUUUAUUGAUGUGGCUUUCAGGUAAGCUAAAGUUGAGAAAAAAAAAGACAGAUCUGGAGGGUUUAGAAGGAGCAUAAAAUAUCUGAAGACUGAAAACAUUGCCAGUCAGCCAGAUACAUACAGUAGUAACUGGGAGCGGGGCUGAUAGUACUUUUAAUUACACUUGCCCUGUUAGCGUGUCUGCUUUUUAGUGCUAGAGAGAAUAACUAGAGAUGACUUUUCACAUGUUGAUGUUAUUCCAGCUCUGAUCUCACAUAAAACAAGUUCUUUUCAAGACUAAUGAGACAACCAUGUGAUAAAAAAUGACUUUCCAUGUUACUCUUCAUAAAUUCUGUACUGUGCAUCUAAGGGCUUGGAUUUUUCUUUUGUGUUAACUGACUGAUUUUGAUCCCAUGAGCAAACAAAGGUGACGUGUUUCUUUCUGUGGCUCUAUUUGUCAUUCAAACUGUAUUUUGUUGCCAUCCUUACCUGCCUUUGAGACCCUGGAAAGGGUCUGGGUAAAGACCCAAUCCAGAAUUCCUCUCACUGUGGCAGCUGUUAUGCAAAUGCCAGCGUCAUCAGAGGAAAAUAUAGAAGAAAAUAUAGGCAUACUUUAUCUGCACUUUGACAUUUUUAGCAGGCUUCUCUUUCACUGACUGACAAUCUGACAGUGUGUUUGCUCGUAGCAACGUUGUAAAUACAGGAACAAAACUGGCUUUUAUUUUUUACUUUAUUUCCCAUAAGAAAAACACACCUUUCAAUACUCAAUAUGUCUGUCUACCAACAGCUGAUAAACAUAAAUCCUGGAUUAGGGCUCUAAAGGGGCGGUUCACCUCAAAAUCAAAUUCACAUAGUGGUUUAAACGAGUCUGGAUUGUUUUGGUGUUUUGGUUUCUCCAGUUAUGGAGAUAUCGGCAGUACCUUUGCUCUCCCGCUCUUGAAUAUAAUGGAACCAGAUGGCACUUGUCUUGAGGUCCCUAAAGUGCUUAAAAACUCAACAGCAACAUCUCUUUUCAGAAAUCAUGAACCAGUUGCUCAAAAAAAAACUCUACAAACCUUGUUGUAGGAACUAUUUUCUUUCUGUUGUCUACAAACACCAAAAAGAAGCAUGCAACUAAUUAACAUUACAGCUCAGCUGCAUUUAUGUUGUUACAUUCUGUCACUAGGGUGAACCUCUUGUCAUGGGUAGAGUGAUGCUUUCUUAUGCACAGUGAUGCAUAAGUGAUGCGGUUGAAGGGUGUAGUUUUGUGGAAAGAAAAUAGUUCCUACACGGAAGUGCUUACCAUGAGAUUUGUGGGUUAUUUUGUGUAAUCAGGUCAUGUAAAGAGAUAUCAGUGCUUUUUUUUGGCUAUUUUCUAUAAAACUGGGAAAUUUAUGCUAAAACAAUCCACAUGGAUAAAUACCGCCACAGGCCAGAGGGAAAAUAUGUGAAGUGCAUUUUAGGGUGCACUGUCCCUUUAAUUCUUCUGCCCGUGGACAUGAGAUUAUUUGCUAUGAGUAAACCACACUUUUCCAUAUAUUACUUGUAUAUAGACCCACAGCUGAAAUACAUAAAUCCUGGAUUGGGACUUUAAGGAUCUGAUCUGCUGCAUGCCCUUUCUGUGUUCCAUGUGGUUGAAAAUAAUAAUGACCAAUUCUAGUUUUGAAAAACAAUUUAAUCUGUGUUAACAGCUAAAAAAUGAGAUGAUGUUCAUGACAGUCCAAGCCCGUCCUCCUUCAGCUGCGACAUUGACAUGUUUUGCUGUGAACUAGAGUGAAAAAUCAGUGUGUUUCAGUUUUAACUUCAAAUGACGGUCUCUCAGGAUGAAUGUAGAAUUCCCAACUAAGCCUGGCUCUUUUGUGAUUAGUGUUAACCUGGUCAGUCUAAUCUGGUAACUUUACAGAUUAAGUGUCUAAUAGCAGCUUCAGUUUUCAUGUGUUUUUUUUUAUUCCCCCCUGCUGACGUACUCACGCGGUAUUUAAUACACGUUAUUUUCAUUAUGAUUUUUAAAUCCUACACUCCCUUCCUGCUUUGGCAACAUGUAGAUAUUUCUCAUUUUGUAUAUUCUUCGAGCUGCUAAUAGAAACUUAGUCUGCUUAUAACAUGUAAAUGAUGAUUUUUGAAUUGUAUCCCCCCCCCGCCCAUGGUGAAGUGUGCACAACGUGCACGGCUCGGUCGGCUGUGCCAAGUAACCACCACACUGACUAUAAUAUUGUAAUGUACAGAGCACUGUUAAAUUUCCUGUAUUCUCUUGAAAGCAAACCCUUGUAUU